CUAGCGUCCAGCUACGAGAUGACCUGCUAUCCAUGUUGGUUGCUGGUCAUGAAACCACUGGCUCAGUAUUAACAUGGACUCUUUAUCUUCUAAGCAAGGAUUCCUCUGCUCUAAAAAAGGCACAAGAAGAGAUUGAUAAAGUUCUAGGAGGAAGGAUUCCUACAUAUGAUGAUGUGAAGGAAUUGAAGUACUUGAAUCGUUGCAUACAUGAAUCAAUGCGCCUUUAUCCACACCCACCUGUUUUGAUAAGGAGGGCUCAAGCUGCUGACAUUCUUCCAGGAAAUUUUAAAGUUAAUGCAGGGCAAGAUAUAAUGAUUUCAGUUUAUAAUAUUCAUCGAUCUCCUCAGGUCUGGGAAGGUGCAGAAGACUUUGUGCCUGAAAGAUUUGAUUUAGAGGGACCAGUACCAAAUGAGACCAACACUGAUUUCAGAUUCAUACCAUUUAGCGGCGGACCACGCAAAUGUGUUGGCGACCAGUUUGCUUUGUUAGAAGCCAUAAUUGCCCUUGCAAUUUUUGUGCAAAAUAUGAAUUUUGAGCUGGUUCCUGAUCAGAAGAUCAGCAUGACGACCGGAGCAACCAUUCAUACAACAAAUGGCUUGUACAUGAAAUUGAGUCCAAGGAAUAUAAAGGAAGACAAUUUUUUCUCUCUUGAAGGAAAAGGAAAUAACCACGGGCUCUUGCUUAGUUGAAAUAUUUCAAUAUGAGAAAUGGUUAUACAAUUUCUCGGAUUAUAAGGUUUGUGUACAGAAGAAUUUGUUGCCCCUUGGUAGUGAGCUGGCGGCAGCAGACAAUGGAGGUUGACGGUGGGCCAGCGGGUGGCGGCUAGAAUCGUCCACGGGCAGCCUCAACCAGAUUUGGUCGGAGGCAAAGACAACCAAAGUUGGUUGAAGGCGGAGGCGGCAGCAGUCGAAGGAGAUCUGAGUGGUCAGAGGAGGCGGUAGUCGGACUUGGCCUAAGGCAACGAUUGUCGGACUUGGCCAAAGGCGGCGGUGGCCAAAGUUGGACGGAGGCGACGACGGUCGUAGUUGGACCGAGGCGACAGCAGGCUAGACUUAGUCGGAUCUACAUUGUAGGAUUCUAAGCUGUAGAUCCCUCUUCUAUUGGUUCUGGUCUCCCUCUUGGCCAGGUUCAAGGUUUCCUAAUAAGAAGGGUUUCCUAAUAAGAAGGGUGGUAGGACUCUAUUUAUAGAAUACAUGUUACAAAUAAGGAAUGAAUCUGAAGUACUCUUGAUCGGAUGGUCUGAAGAGAUCCCCUUGAUCGGACGGCAUUUGAUGAACAUUUGAGUGACUUAAUUAUGUCGGAAUUGAGCGAUAUUGGGCUCAUUUGAUUUGUCUCGUUGAGAUGUUAAA